UGAAUAAGACAUUAGAGUUGUACUCUAGUAGUGCCUUUGUUCAUUAUUUUUUCAAGUCUAAUGCCUGCAUCGCUUAAUUACACAUUUCUACAUGUGCAUUAGACACAUGACAUUUCAAUGUCAUUGUUUGUAUCUAUUUUAUUCAGAUGUGUAACAUUUAAUUCAAAUUAUCAUACGUUUGUGCGAUGCCACUCAUGUCUUUAUGGCUUGGUCUCCUGAUUCCAUUUAUUGGAUCCCAUAUUACAGAUGCCGUGAAAAUUCUCCCGGCCGCUUAUCAACCAUGGGUGACUACAGGAAAUUCUGGUGUGUACCCUAUUGCUGAUCUCAUAUGCCAUGCUGCUGGUUGUACAUCUCGUGACACAACCACUUCUAACGCUGUCGAUCCCCAAUGUGGCUCUCAGACUGUUUGUCAAUCAUGUCCAAUCCCGUCGUUGAAUUCAGGAGACAUAUGUUACUUGUCCAGGCUAACACCUAAUGAGAUAAACGUUCUUGAAGGACACUUGGACAAUGUGGCUGCAACUCCCGUAAGUGCAUCUUCUGAUAAUGGCGAUGAGGAAGAAAGGGACAGCUUCUUAGAGGUCAUUCCGUUUGAUAUGCCUCUAAAGAUUACGACACCUGAAAGCGAAAUCAGGACAAAUUCUGCAUCUUGUAACUCUACAAGCGAUGGAUACAUCGACUUAGUUGUUCGUGUUGUGGUACAGUGGUACCGCGUUCCUGGGAGGAAGAUGCAUGAAGCUGCGCCAAUUUUCGAUGAGGAAGGUCACCGUGCUGGCAUGCUAAUGGCUGGGUUUGAUGCUGCAAAGGAUAUGAUCUCUAGUAGACAUGAUGAUGGUUCUUUUUUGGAGUUCAAGCCGAAUAUUAUGGAAUCUUUCAAAAAACUCAACAUAUUCAAGAAAUCAGAUGAUGAGGAUAUUGGUGGCGACGAUGAAGGGCCUAUGACCGAUGCUGAGAAGCGCCACGUAAUAACCAGGGCCGGUAACUUUGCAUAUCGUCAGGCUAGGAAGAUCUUUGUAAAUCCAACUUUGCACAUCCACUUUAGCAUGAACCACCGCAACAUAACAAGCUGUCGACAACCUCAGCGUUGGGAUGGCGCCGUGGAGGACCAAUCACUCGUAUUUACUGCUGUGCAGAACAUUAGAGUUAAGGAGAGUGACUUGAAGGGGUCAUUUUUCAAGGAAGCAUUGAAGAUGCAUGUCAAUUGUGAGCAUUGUGAGGUAAUUGAAGCCCGUUCAUGUGUUCAGGUCACCUGCAAUAAAAAGAUUGCGCCUGCACGUCGCUACGAUCCAGGUUUGUAUCCCACAUUUGCCGCUGGUUCAGUAUUGAGACCAUCGUUACCUCAAACUACUGGAUCUACGAUUGGAGUUCAUGAUCCAGGUGCUUUGAUGUCACCCAUUGCCAUGGCCGCUGGCGCAGUUCAACCUGCUGCGCGUCCUAUCGCAAAUCUACGGCCUCAUGGUCACGGUAUCGCACAUAUGCCCCAAGGAAAUGCUUUAUUACCUCAACAUGUGGCCUUCACUCCCGUUGCGACGUUGCCUCCUGUGGCAAAUAAGCCGUUAGUGAGCGGAUUCAUUGGUAACUACACUAUUAUCUUCAGUACGCUAUUGUUACUGUUGUUUACAAUAUAACAUUAUUUCAAUUGUAUGGAUUGUG